AUGUAUAUCCAUCGAGACCGUGAACAAGCUAGUUUUCGGCUUUUCACGGAUUAUUUCCCUAGAGAUCCUCGAUGGAGUGAUCAGAUGUUCCGCCUUUGGAUCCGGAUGCGGAGGCCUUUAUUCCUGCGCAUCGUCAAUACAGUUGUUGCUUGUGACUCGUAUUUCAUGCAAAGCAUCGAUGCUAUCGGGUGGCAAAGUAUAUCGACUUUGCAGAAUCACACAUUCGCCCUACGCCAACUCGCUUACGGAACGACUGCAGAUAUGUUUGAUAGGUACCUCCAUGUGAGCGAGCAAACUGGACGCGAUUGCCUAGCUAGAUUCUGUCGGGCAGUGGUCGAAGCAUUCAAGAAUACAUACUUGAGAAAGCCAACGACCGACGAUGUUUGCAAGUUGGUAAACAUGCACGAGCAGACCCACGGCUUCCCGGGGAUGCUGGGCAGCAUCGACUGUAUGCACUGGCAGUGGAAGAAUUGUCCAAUGGCUUGGAGAGGACAAUACACUAGCGGGCACAAGGGCACACAUCCAACGAUUGUGUUGGAGGCCGUUGUCAACCAACGAUUGUGGAUCGGGCAUGCCUACUCUGGUGUCACUGGGUCGAACAACGACCUUAAUGUGUUGAACGAGUCUCCAUUGUUCAACGACUUGUGUGUUGGGCGAGCGUCGAACGUAGAGUUCACGGCCAACAACCGUCGGUACAGUAUGAGGUACUAUCUGGCAAAUGGGAUCUACCCUCGAUGGGAUGGCCCGUGUUCAUGA